AUGUCACGACUUGUUCUGUUGUCAGGAAUUUUUGAUGACACUCUUUUGCUAUGUGAUUUUUCUUUGAUCGCUUCCCCGCAAGAUGAUGAAAUCACGGCACAGUUUUCCUUGCAUGGGGCAUCGAGCACUUGCGUCGCUCCCUACCUCGUCAAGGAAAAUCUGUCUUCUUCAGAAUUGUGUCGGCUGUUGCGGCUUCUGAGAAGAAACGGGGCACCCCAGAAGGAGAUCAUUUCGAUACCCGUUCCUGUGCCUGGUUCCAUUAUUCUUCCUUGUUGUCAUCUCCCGUCUCUCUCCACCCUUACCAAGCUGGGCAAGCACGCUGAUGUGGGCUCAUCUCUCCCGCGGCCAGGGACAGAACUAUCCUCGCCUAAGAAGGAAAAGGAUAAAAGCCUCAAUGGCAGCCUCUCCACCAUCCUCCUUCUCGGCCUCCUCGUCCUCAUCCUCUUCUCUCUAUCCGUCCUCCUGCAGCUCGAUACACUCUCCCCCGUUGCUCAGCGCCUGAUCGCCAAGCACGGUCACCCCACUCGAGUCUCAUUAUCGUCCUUGCGUGACCUGACGGCUACCUCUUCCACAUAUAAUCCACCGUCGCCGCUGUCUCCUCGUUCACCCGCUUCGGAAACCUCAGAAUUGUCUGAUACUGUCAUCCUCAGCCGUUCUACCUCGCGUCCAAUUCCCAUACCAAAACCGCCGAGCAGUCCUUACGAUUCAGAUCUGCCGGUCACCCCGUUGACGGGGCGCUUUGAAAAGGAUUAUUUCCCGCAGUCUGAUCAGUCCAAGUCUUGGAGGAAUCGCGAGAGUGUCUCCCGGCUGGACAGUGACCGCUAUCACCGACCUUCAUACCACCGACCAUCCUCCAGAAUGCGUUCUGAUAGCUCCUCAUUCUAUUCGCCGGUCAUGUCGCCCAGCAUGUCACCCUCGACCCGCUCCGCAUCUCCACAGCCAACUCGCUCUCGCCCUCACAACUCGGCCAAGUCGGUUCCAGCGUUCCAUCUCGGCAGCCUGCCUCGGUUCCAUCCCGCUGUCUACCAGCCCUCGAACAACUCCCAGAGUUUGGCCGCACAGCCUCCAUCGCCCCGGCAUUCCCGACAGCAGUCAUACUGGACCUCGUCAAGCUCUCGGGACACGCUGAGACAGUACAGAGAAUUGGUGGAAAGCGUCACUCUCUCCAGGGCACCCUCUCGGCCGCUCUCGCCCAGUCCCUCUGCCCCAAGGUUAGACCCUUUACGCAGCCCGGGACCUGUGACUCCAUUGGCUCUGGAGGAGACCGGCGGCUACUUGACCAUUGGUGCAACGAGCUCAGACUUUUCGUCGAGCGACUCCCAAAGCUCCAGCGCUGCGCCAGAUCUGGUUGAGAAGCUCAUUGCUCGCGAAGUCGACCGAGCUCGUCAGAAGUCGCGAAAGAGCUCCAAGAAUUGGUGA